AUGCAAAUGACGUGUAACACAUCACAGAAAUGUACGACAAACUUGAAAAUUUCUAUAACAGAAGAAAUUUCUUUAAACUUAUACUCUUAUUAUUAUGUUGACAUAUUCUUUCAGUUAGAAGAUAGAAAUGAAAAUUCUGAUGAAAUUGUUUCGAUAGACUCUGAAAUUCAAAGUGAUGAAUUAAAAAUCUACACUAAUUUUUCAAACUCAGCAGACGUUACACCUGCACAAUUGUUUCAUCAUAUUGAUUUCUACUUGCUAUGGCUUAUUGAACUGUGUAACAGUGUUCCGUUGACAGUCGUAACUUCUGCUUACAAAUUUAAAUAUUCUGUUGAUUUCAGAUGUUUUGGUCAAUCCUUUAUUAGUGAUGACAUAUACUUAUCAUCAGUAGUCACAGUCGCUGCUGUUUUUAAUGCUGUUGGCCGUAUUCUUUGGGGAACACUUGUGGAUCGAUUUUCAUAUAAGAUCCCACUCUGCAUCAUCAGUUUCUCAUGGGCCGUAUUUCUGUUAACGUUCCCUCACAUCAUUCCAGCAGGUGAAUCGGGGGCGAAAGCACUGUUCUGCAUUUAUGGUAUUGGAAACUUUCUUUUCUUGAGUAGUGUCUCAACAGUUGCACCUGCAACAGUGGGAUCCAUGUUUGGCAGUACCCAUAUGGCUGUCAACUAUGGCAUAUUGGCAUGUGCUCGAGCAGUUGGAUGUCCUUUGUGUGCCUUCGCUCUCACAUAUGUUGACGCAGAUAAGUUGUAUUUAACGCAAUUCACUGUAUGCGGAUUUACAUGCAUAAUAGCUUUUUUCCUUGCCUUGUUUAUCGACGAUCACAAAAUAUCCAAGAAAUUGGACUGCUGCUCAGUUGUUCUGGGACCUGUCGCAGGUUACGCGUGCAGAGAAAAUAAUUAAGUUUAAGAUUAAACAUUUGCAGUCCUAAGACCACAUACCAACUGGACUGCUUUCAUACUUGUAUAAUAAGGGUAAAAAUAUUGCAUAAUCAUCUUUCUACAGUUUAU